ACGCUUCCCUGCAGGAACAAAGGUGCCAUGCAGCCCCGGAUCCUCCUUGUUGCUGCCCUCCUGGUGCUCCUGGCCUCUGCCCGAGCCUUGGAGGCCGAGGAUGCCUCCCUUCUGGGCUUCAUGCAGGACUACGUGCAGCAAGCCAGCAAGACAGCCCAGGCCGCGCUGACCAGCAUACAGGAGUCUCAGGUGGCCCAGCAGGCCAGGGGCUGGAUGACCGAUGGCUUCAGCUCCCUGAAAGACUACUGGAGCACGCUUAAGGACAAGUUCUCCGAGUUCUGGGAUUCGACCCCUGAACCCACACCAGCUUCACCCUCUUUGGUCGCCUGA